AUGGAGAGAUGGCCAACGGCUUCGGUAACGGCGCUCAAUCGGGAUGUUUCAGAUCAUCGGCCAAGUCUGUUAUCCACUACUCCUUCGGAUUAUGGUCAUAUUCCGUUUAGAUGCUUUAAUUCCUGGAUGGAGAUACCGGGGUUUUCCGGCCUUGUGCAACAGGCGUGUCAUAUCUUUGUCUGUAAUGGUCCAGCAGAUAUGGCUCUCUCAGUUAAGCUGAGUUGGUUAAAAAAUAAUAUUAAAGCUUGGGUCAAAGUUGAAAAGGAAAGAUCUAAUGGGGAAUAUUUAGUUAAGAAAAAUCGGAUCCAACAUUUGGAAAGGUUAGCGGAGUCGAGGUCGUUGGAGGUUGGGAAGUUGAACGAAAGGGCGGAAUGUAUUAGUUUCAUCAUGGAUACAGAUCACAGAAAUCAACUGGAUGCCAAGCAAAAAUCCCUAUCUAGGUGGGCCCUCGAAGGUGAUGAAAAUUCUGUUUUUUAUCAUAAUGUUAUCAAUGCCAAUAUUAGUAAUAAUUGUAUUAAUGGCUUAAUGGUUAAUGGUGUAUGGAGUUCGGAUCCGGUGGUUGUAAAAGAAGCAUUCUUUGAAUUUUUUGCUAAUCAGUUUGUGGAACCGAUGGUUACUCAGCCUACCAUUACGUGUCAAAAUAUGGUUUCACUGUCUACGGCUGAAGCUAAUUCUCUUGUAGUGCCUUUUUCUCUUACGGAAAUAAAGGAAGCUAUAUGGGGUUGUGUUGGUGACCGGGCUCCGGGCCCGGAUGGUUUUAAUUUCAAAUUUAUUAAAAACAACUGGGUGUGA